AAGUCUUCGCUGCCAUGGGGGCCGUCAUGGGCACCUUCUCGUCUCUGCAAACCAAACAAAGACGACCGUCGAAAGAUAAGAUUGAAGACGAGUUGGAGAUGACCAUGGUUUGCCAUCGGCCUGAGGGACUGGAGCAGCUUGAGGCCCAGACCAACUUCACCAAGAGGGAGCUGCAAGUCCUUUAUCGAGGCUUCAAAAAUGAGUGCCCCAGUGGUGUGGUCAACGAAGAAACAUUCAAGCAGAUCUACGCUCAGUUUUUCCCGCAUGGAGAUGCCAGCAUGUAUGCCCAUUACCUCUUCCACGCCUUCGACACCACGCAAACAGGCUCCGUGAAAUUCGAGGACUUUGUAACCGCUCUGUCAAUUUUACUGAGAGGAACCGUCCAUGAGAAACUAAGGUGGACAUUUAAUUUGUAUGACAUCAAUAAAGAUGGAUACAUAAACAAAGAGGAGAUGAUGGACAUUGUCAAAGCCAUCUAUGACAUGAUGGGGAAAUACACGUAUCCUGUGCUUAAAGAAGACACUCCAAGGCAGCACGUGGAUGUCUUCUUCCAGAAAAUGGACAAAAAUAAAGAUGGCAUCGUGACUUUAGACGAAUUUCUUGAAUCCUGUCAGGAGGAUGACAACAUCAUGAGGUCCCUCCAGCUGUUCCAAAAUGUCAUGUGACUGUGAACGCAGCCAUUCGGCUCUCAGAGAUGUUACUGAACAACCAACUUAACACCUUGAUCGGCCCUCCUGAUUUUACACGCGGACUCUUGGGACAGAAACACAUUUUGCACUUUGGAAGAAUUCUCUGCAAAGACAUUUUGUGGAACCCAGGAUCACGUGGCUCAGUCUCUGAUUGCCAGCUCUUCCUCCUCCCUCUUCUUGAGAGAGAGAAGAUGAAAUUGGGUUUGUUUCGGAAGCAUGCUCAUCUCUUCGUACUGCUGCCCUAUGGAAGGUCCCUCUGCUUGAGCUUAAACAGUAGUGCACACUUUUCUGCUUGCGUGCCCCAGCCUACUGCCUCCAAGUCCAGCAGACCUUGAUGUAUCUGGAAGCAAGAUGACCUGAGCCAAAUGCACAUCAACUUCAGAUGGUCUCCCAAACCAAUGUGCCUGUUUCUCUUUCUUUGGUGGGAAGAAUGAGUAUUAUACAGAACAAUUAGAAUCUACUAUGACUAGAUUGGGAGAGCCAGCGCCUAACAUAUGUAGGAUAGGACUGAAUUAUUAAGCAUGGCAUUGUCUGAUGACCCAAACUGCACAUGUCCUUUGUUUCCAGAGGCAAGGACAAUAAUGCUCUCUCAUAUUAGCAUCUGUGCUGGUGGUGCAAGUCCCUUACCAUGCACAGGAAGGGAGCCAAUGCCCAGUGGCCCAUGCCUCCACUCCAUCUCCUGCUAGAGCCCAGCACUGCAUGACCCUCCCAGAAAGCCCAGGAUGCCUGCAAAUUGCUGUAAUUUUAUACCAUCUUCUAAUCAAUAAACAGAACUAUUUCUUA